CUUAACAGAGAUAUGCCGCUUAAUGGGACGUUGCCAUGACAGGACAGAGUAUGAACAGGUAUAAAAAGAGGAGACAUCUUUGAAUGCAUCUCAUUCACUGGCAGAAACCAAGAUAGACUUAACAAAUCCCUCUGCGUUGCAUUGUCGAAGAAGAACAAUGAAGCUGCUGGUCUUGGCUCUAACCGUCGCCUUGCUGUUUACAGCCGGUGAGGCCCUGAACUGCCACCGGUGUGUCCCCAAGCGGGCCGGAGAAAGCUGCGAGCUCUCCGUGGAGACCUGCAAACCGGGGAAGGACGGCUGCUCUGCCGCAAGGUUCCUCAGAGCUCCACACGGAUAUUACCAGAAAUGCAUGGCUCUGUCAGACUGCGAGAUGCUGAAGAUGAAUGCCUACAUCGACAUAAAGUGCUGCGGUGAUGACUUGUGCAACACCUUUGACAAUCCGGCAUAAAGAACUCAAAGAGCGCUACGAUGUAUCGGAGAAGCUUUUUCAUCCCCGAGGACCUCGGCAGAGCACGUCUCUGAAAGCAAACGGCUACUUACAGCUAAAAUAAGACGAUAAUAAAAACAAUGUGAACUCGAUCACCCCGGCAAAUAAAGGUGUUUGGAUUCCA